GUCGGCGUUUGAUCCUUGAAGAGAAAGUGAAACCUUGAAAACAAGCGGACGUUAAAAUGCGACUUGUCGGGGCGGAGAUCUCGGUUCUGUCUCUCCUGAUGAUGAGCCUUCACGGCGCUGCAGCACUGACUCACUCAAUGAAGUAUUUCUACACUGCGUCCUCUGGAGUCCCAAACUUCCCAGAGUUUGUGGCUGUUGGGCUGCUGGAUGAAGUUGAGUUUAGUCACUAUGACAGUAACACCAGGAGACUAGAACCCAGACAGGACUGGAUGAGCAGAGUCACAGAGGAUGAUCCUCAGUACUGGAAGAGGUACACUGAGAACUUCAUGGGCGCCCAGCAGGUCUACAAAGGCAACAUUGAAACACUAAAACAACGCUUCAACCAAACUGGAGGUGUCCACAUUAACCAGAGGAUGGUCGGCUGUGAAUGGGAUGAUGAGACCAAUGAGGUCAAAGGUUAUGAUCAGGAUGGUUAUGAUGGAGAAGACUUCAUAUCAUUUGACCUGCAGACAGAGCAAUGGAUCGCUCCAAAACAGCAGGCUGUCAUCACCAAACGGAAGUGGGAUCAUAACAGAGCUCAGAUAGCACAGAACAAGAACUACCUGACUCAUGAGUGUCCUGAGGGGCUGAAGAAGUACUUGAACUACGGGAGGAGCUCUCUGAUGAGAACCGAGCGUCCCUCGAUGUCUCUCCUCCAGAAGACUCCCUCCUCUCCAGUCAGCUGCCACGCUACAGGUUUCUACCCCCACAGAGCCGCCCUCUUCUGGAGGAAAGAUGGAGAGGAGCUCCAUGAGGACGUGGACCUCGGAGAGAUCCUCCCCAACCACGACGGGACCUUCCAGAUGAGGGUUGACCUGAACCUGUCCUCCGUCCCUGCUGAAGACUGGAGGAGGUACGACUGUGUGUUCCAGCUGUCUGGUGUGGACGAGGACAUCGUCACCAAACUGGACAAGACCAGGACCAACAGGGUGACUCACUCAAUGAAGUUUUUCUACACUGCGUCCUCUGGACUCCCAAACUUCCCAGAGUUUGUGAUUGUUGGGCUGCUGGAUGAAGUUGAGAUGUUUCACUAUGACAGUAACACCAGGAGAACAGAACCCAGACAGGACUGGAUGAGCAGAGUCACAGAGGACGAUCCUCAGUACUGGAAGAGUCAGACUGAGAUCGCUAUGGGCCAACAGCAGGUCUUCAAAGGCCACAUUGAAAUAGCAAAACAACGCUUCAACCAAACUGGAGGUGUCCACAUUGUCCAGUUCAUGUACGGCUGUGAAUGGGAUGAUGAGACCAAUGAGGUCAAAGGUUAUGCUCAGGAUGGUUAUGAUGGAGAAGACUUCAUAUCAUUUGACCUGCAGACAGAGCAAUAUAUCGCUCCAAAACAGCAGGCUGUCAUCACCAAACAGAAGUGGGAUCAGAACAGAGCCUGGAUAGCAGGGAAGAAGAACUACCUGACUCAUGUGUGUCCUGAGUGGGUGAAGAAGCACUUGAGCUACGGGAGGAGCUCUCUGAUGAGAACCGAGCGUCCCUCGGUGUCUCUCCUCCAGAAGACUCCCUCCUCUCCAGUCAGCUGCCACGCUACAGGUUUCUACCCCGACAGAGCCGACCUCUUCUGGAGGAAAGAUGGAGAGGAGCUCCAUGAGGACGUGGACCUCGGAGAGAUCCUCCCCAACCACGACGGGACCUUCCAGAUGAGGGUUGACCUGAAACUGUCCUCCGUCCCUGCUGAAGACUGGAGGAGGUACGACUGUGUGUUCCAGCUGUCUGGUGUGGACGAGGACAUCGUCACCAAACUGGACAAGACCAGGACCAACAGGGAGAAGCCUGCUGCCUCCACCUUCAUCAUCAUCAUCGCUGUGGCUGUUCUUGUCGUCAUCAUCGCUGCUGUGGUUGGAUUCAAGGUUCACAGAAACAGGAACGCCAAAUACUCUUCAGCCAAAUGCCCUUCUGACAAAUCCGAAGAAGAGAGUCUCUCAGGGACAAACUGAACCCUAAACCUUGAAGUCGGCGUCCUGCACACAGUUUAUGGGUGAAUGUUGCUCUGGAUCAACAAGCGAUGCUCCACAUUCUUCUCCAUAAACUGUCAAUUUAUGGCUCAUCUUUCAUUUAAACGUCUGAAUCAGGGUUGAUGAACAUCUGGAAACUGUGAGGAAACAUCAAUAGUCACAUUUAAUUAUUUGGAUAGUUUGGUUUUAAUUAAAAGGUUAAAAUAAAAUAAAACAAGGAUGAUUAUUUUAGGAGACGUUCAAAUCAAUGAAAGCAUCAAAGUGCUCACAGACUAGUGUGUUCAUCUCAAACAAAUCCACCAUAUUUACUCUUUGAUACUUCUGCUGUUUGGGUUGAAUCAUUGUUGGUAACAAACGUGUAAAUACACACACACACACACACACACACAC